AUGGCAGAUUAUAAGUUGUUUAGCGACGUGGUUGCAUUUGAUGCAACAUACCGGUCCAACAAGUACAAUAAGCCUCUAGUAGUCUUCUCCGGAUCUAAUCACCACAAGCAGACUGUGAUUUUUGGGUUUGCGUUACUCGAGGACGAGGAGGUCCGUACAUAUAGGUGGGUUUUGUUGAAUCUUGUGGACGUCAUGGAUAAUAAGAAGCCUUCCGUCGUGGUCACCGAUGGGGAUAAAGCCAUGAGAGCAGCGAUAGCGGAUGUACUUCCUUCAGCCAGGCAUUGGCUUUGCAGGUGGCAUUUGGAGAAGAACUGUGUCAUGCGGGUGAAGGAAUCUGAUUUUCGGAAGGUCUUCAAGAAGGCAAUGUACGCAAAUCUCGAUGUUCCGGAGUUUGAGGAUUACUGGACGACAGCCGUGCAGAGUCUUGGUCUAAUGAACAACAGUUGGGUAAAAAGCACAUACGAAUUACGACAUACUUGGGCAACAGCAUAUCUACAGGGAACUUUCUACGCCGGCUACAAGACAACUUCGAGGUGCGAGGGGAUAAAUGCAUUCGUCAAAGGGUUUCUGAAAUCAACAAAUAGCCUAUUGGAGUUGGUUCAUAGCUUGGAUAGGGUGGUGAAGGAUUAUCGCAAUAACGAGGUCACAGCCCAGUUCUAUUCAACGUACUACACGCCCGUAUUGAUCACAGGUCUGGAUAAGAUAGAGCUAUUUGCUUCGAAGAUAUACACCAGAAGUGUUUUCAAGGAGGUCAGGAAACAAAUCAAAGGGGUCGGGGGUUUACUGUUUCUCGAAAAAGACACCAUUAGCACGAUAUCGGUGUACAAGUUCUCAAGCACGGCAAACCGUCGUAGUGUCCGCAGGGUGCUGUAUGAUCCAACUGAGCCUAAGAUUGAGUGUGACUGUCAUAUGUGGAGCAGUGAAGGUAUUCCCUGCACCCACAUAUUUUCUGUGAUGAAGUAUGAGGGGUUGGACGAGAUCCCGCCUAGUUUGAUAUUGCGGCGGUGGUGA